CUCGGGGCUCGGAGCGGGUCGCGGCCUCUCCGUUACCGGUGGCGUCCCCCCUUCCCCUUCCCCCCCCCCUUCCCCUUCCCCGGGGGUUUUCUCUCUGUCCGGCGCCGGGGGAUCCCGGGCUGACUGUCCCCCCUCCCGGGCCUGUGGCUUCCCGGCGGUUCCGCCGUGGGGCGGCUGGUGAAAGCAGCGAGGUCUCUGAUAGCUCCUCCAGACUUCCUUGAAUCCUUUGGGAUGCUUUUCCCAGCCAACGCCUCCCUUCUCCCUCCAACUGGGCCCCAAGCCCCCCCUGCUCCCUUCCAGCAGCACCGGGAAGCCGGAGCGUGUGGCGCUGGUCACGCAGGCCCAUCUUUGCCCUCCUGCCUGAAACAGCCAGAGAGAGAAGCAGGAGCACCAUGCCCAAGAAAUAUGCCCUCAAGCAGAGCUCGCCCAGUUGUGAAUUGGGCAACGUGGCCAAUCUAAACCAGUUUCCAGGCCACUGUCAGGGUUCCACCAUGGGGAGCUCCGACACGGACCAGAAGGCAUCCUACGAGGAUGCCUCUGGGGAGCACGGGGAGGUCAUCAGCACUAUUUCCAGCAGCAUGAACCCGCUGCAGCCGCCCGACACCUCCUCGGAGGAGCCUUUUACCACCUACUUCGACAGCAAGAUCCCGAUUCCGGAGGAUGAAACGCACUCGUGCUUUAGUUUCCGCAAGCUCUGGGCUUUCACGGGGCCAGGCUUUCUGAUGAGCAUUGCCUACCUGGAUCCGGGCAACAUCGAAUCAGAUUUACAGUCCGGGGCUGUUGCAGGAUUUAAGCUGCUCUGGGUCCUGCUGCUGGCGACGAUCAUCGGGCUGCUCCUGCAGCGGCUGGCUGCCAGGCUGGGGGUGGUGACGGGGCUGCACCUCGCCGAAGUGUGCAACCGGCAGUACCAGAAGGUUCCUCGGAUUAUCCUGUGGCUGAUGGUUGAGCUCGCUAUCAUUGGAUCUGAUAUGCAAGAAGUCAUUGGCUCAGCGAUUGCUAUUAACCUCCUGUCUGUGGGGAAGAUCCCGCUGUGGGGCGGCGUGCUCAUCACCAUUGCCGACACGUUCGUGUUCCUCUUCCUGGACAAAUAUGGCUUACGAAAACUGGAGGCGUUCUUUGGGUUCCUGAUCACCAUCAUGGCUCUAACGUUCGGAUACGAGUACAUCACGGUAAAACCCAGCCAGGAGAAGCUGCUGCAGGGCUUGUUCAUCCCCUACUGCCAGAACUGCGGCACGGCCCAGCUGGAGCAAGCCGUGGGAAUCGUGGGUGCUGUUAUCAUGCCGCACAACAUGUACCUGCACUCUGCCUUGGUCAAGUCCCGGCAAGUGAACCGUGCCAACAAGAGGGAAGUACGAGAGGCUAACAAGUAUUUCUUCAUCGAGUCCUGCAUCGCGCUCUUUGUCUCCUUCAUCAUUAACAUCUUCGUCGUGACCGUCUUCGCUGAGGCUUUCUUCGAGAAGACAAACGCGGAUGUGAGCAGCGUCUGCGUGAACACCAGCAGCCCUCACUCCUCGCUCUUCCCGAACAACAACCAGACGCUGGAGGUGGACAUCUACAAAGGGGGCGUUGUUCUGGGCUGUUACUUCGGCCCUGCUGCUCUCUAUAUCUGGGCAAUCGGGAUCCUCGCUGCCGGCCAGAGCUCAACGAUGACAGGGACGUACUCGGGGCAGUUCGUCAUGGAGGGCUUCCUGAACCUGCGGUGGUCCCGUUUCGCCCGGGUGCUGCUGACCCGCUCUAUUGCCAUCACCCCCACCCUCUUUGUCGCCAUCUUUCAGGACGUUGAGCACCUGACUGGCAUGAACGACUUCUUAAAUGUUCUUAUGAGCCUCCAGCUUCCGUUCGCUUUGAUCCCUGUCCUGACAUUCACCAGCCUGCCCAGUGUCAUGAAUGAUUUUGCCAAUGGAUUGUUCUGGAAGAUCGGCGGUGGUGUGCUGAUCCUCCUGAUCUGCAGCAUUAACAUGUACUUCGUGGUGGCCUACGUCAUGUCCCUGAACCACGUGGCUUUGUACGUCGGGGCUGCGGUUCUCAGUGUGAUCUACCUGUCCUUUGUGGCGUAUUUGAGCUGGCUGUGCCUGAUUGCUCUGGGAGUCUCCUUCCUGGCCUGCGGGAAAACGCGUCCCCUGGGAUUCGCCGCUCACCCUGAACUCUUCCUGCUCAACAACAUCGACGCAGACACGCUGGUCACCAGGUGACUCCGGCCACCGCGGCCGUACGGACAGAACUGGUUUGCAUGGGAACCCUCCUUGUGCUGCAGAAAAGUCUCCUCCACCACCCGGGCCGAGCCCAGGGCCAGGCUCGCCGCUGGGGAGGGUGAGCCGAGGCCGGGAUUUCUGCCAGGGAGGAGAGCAGGAUCAGACGGUCCCGUGAGCGGCGAGAGAGCCGCAGAGCCAGCGCCUCACAUCGUCCAUGGGGAAGGAUCCGGGGUCCAGACCAGGAUGAUGCUGGUCCUGGGGGCUUGCUUUUAGUACCUCGAAAGUUUUUCCCCUUUUUUUUUUCCCCAAGUAGUUGAUCUGACCUGGGAAGGGAUUCGUUAGUAUUUUCCCGAUUUUGAUUCAAAUUUCUCUUGCUUAUUCUCUACCUGGUUGGUAGAGAAACCAGGUGUGACGCUCAUCCUUUUUUUUUAACUAACUCAGGGAAAAUCCCAAGCUUGGAACACUGAGCAGGGGCAGAGUUUCAUUACUACUGAUUUUAUAGAGGGGAUGCACUCAAUUUGGGAGGAAUAAGAGAAGCCGCAGUGAGAAGCCAGUGAGAAACGCGGGUUUCAUGGCCAGUGGGGUGAUCCCCCUCCUGCUCUACACCCAUCGAGUCGUUACGGCUGGUGGUGCCGCAAAGCCUGGCCGCGUCCCACCCUCCAUGCGAUGAUCUCCCACUCCAAAGCAGCGGCUGCUUCACCUUCCCACGGGCAUUUUUCUCAGCCUGGAGCCGAUCCAGGGCUAGUAUCUACCUCUGCACAGGGAGCAGUGAAGCUGCUACUUCCAGAAUUUCAAUGAAAAAGCCGAAUUUGUCUGCCAGGCUCUGUCCUGCACCGGCCUUUUGCCCGGUAAAAGCUGGGCAGGGUUUGCGCACACAGGACAGAGCCGUUUUCCUGGCAUUUCACGAAGUUUCAGGUGCUGUUGGGACCCUCACAGAGGCCAAAACCAAUCCUCAAACAGCGUUUAAGGUCAGUAGGCCCCACUGGUGCCACGCUUUUUAUUCCUCCCCCCCCCCCCCUCCUUAUUUUGGUUGAUUUGUUUUGAGCCCUAGAUGGAGAGGGGGUUUAGAUGCCAUAUCUUGCCUUUCCUUUAAUUAAAUCUUCUGCUUUGAUUAAAUCUUUUCCCAAUUAA